AUGUCAGCACUACAAGACCUUAUUCCCACGGUUAAUAAGUUACAAGAUAUUGUGACCAACACCAAUCUGACCGAUCUGGAUUUGCCGCUUUUGACGGUGAUUGGAUCCCAGUCGGCGGGAAAGUCGUCUGUCUUGGAAAACAUCGUAGGAAAAGACUUCCUUCCAAGAGGAACCGGAAUUGUUACAAGACGUCCAUUAAUCCUACAGUUGAUCAAUAUCGAGAAGGAUGACCCGCUUGUUCACAGAGCAGACUUUGAGAUGGAUGAGGACCACACCGAGGUCACUUUGGAAGACCAUUUGAGAAAGGGCGGUGUUGGUGCCGCUCAUCCAAUUCAACCUGCCGAAUGGGGCGAAUUCCUUCACAUUCCAGGUAAACGGUUCUACAACUUCGACAACAUCAGAAAAGAGAUCGAGAAUGAGACAGCUAGAAUUGCAGGUAAGAACAAGGGAAUCAGUAGAAUACCGAUCAAUUUGAAAGUGUAUUCUCCAAAUGUCCUCAAUUUGACAAUGGUGGACUUGCCCGGUCUUACAAAAAUCCCUAUUGGCGACCAGCCAACGGAUAUCGAGAGACAGAUCAAGAACUUGAUUUUGGAAUACAUCUCGAAACCAAACUCCAUCAUUCUUGCUGUUUCUCCAGCCAACGUUGAUUUGGUUAAUUCCGAAUCUUUGAAACUUGCUAGACAGGUCGAUCCAUUGGGAAAAAGGACCAUAGGAAUUUUGUCCAAAUUGGAUCUGAUGGACCACGGGACAAAUGCCCUCGACAUCCUGACUGGCAAGGUUUAUCCUUUGAGAUUAGGUUUCAUCGGUGUGGUGAACAGAUCUCAGCAGGACAUCUCUGUAAAUAAAUCCUUGGAAGACAGUCUGAAGUCGGAGCAAGACUUUUUCCAAAACCAUCCUGCUUACAAGACCAUCGCCUCCAGAUGUGGCACCGAAUUCCUUGCUAAGACACUCAACAAGACUCUGAUGCACCAUAUCAGGGAAAGACUGCCGGAUAUCAAGGCCAAGCUGAACACUUUGAUGGGACAAACGGAACAAGAGUUGGCUUCUUAUGGGGACUUAAACAUUGUUUCCAAGGAGAACCGUGGUUCUCUCAUUUUGACCUUGAUGAACAAGUUUGCAAACAAUUUCAUCAGCUCCAUCGAGGGAAACUCGAGCGAGAUCAGCACCAAGGAGCUUUGUGGAGGUGCAAGAAUAUACUACAUCUACAACGAAGUGUUUGGAAACUCUUUGCUGGCGAUCAACCCUGUUUCGAAUCUCCCAGUGCAGGAUAUCAGAACAGCUAUCAGAAACUCCACGGGACCGAGACCGUCGCUCUUUGUUCCGGAGCUUGCUUUUGACCUUCUCGUGAAACCUCAAAUCAAGCUUUUGGAAAGUCCUUCCCAUAGAUGUGUUGAGCUGGUCUACGAAGAGCUGAUGAAAAUAUGUCAUAAUUGCGGCUCGCAAGAGCUGAGCAGAUACCCAAAGUUGCAAACCAGACUUAUAGAGACUGUGUCUGAUCUUUUGAGAGAAAGACUCGGACCAACCACCAAGUACGUUGAGAGUUUGAUUGAGAUCCAUCGCGCUUACAUCAACACUAACCAUCCCAACUUUGUGGGAGCAGCGGCAGCUAUGGCCAGUGUCGUGGAGGAGAGACAGAAACAGAAGCAGAAGCCAAAGGAACAGAAGCACAUUCCAAAUGGCACAGCUGUCACAGAAAACGGACACAAGCCUCACAAGUCUCUAGAUUCUAACUCUACAUUGGAUGAAUUUAAAGAGCUAGAGAAGAAGAGCUCUGGCCAACCUGCUCAUGGCGACAAGGAGUCGUUCUUGAACUUCUUUUUUGGUAAAGACCAAUCGCAAACUGCAUCUGGAUCGUCGUCUGCUGCCGAUCCAUUCAAAUAUGAAAGCGAGCCAGAUGGUCUGCAGUUCAAUAUUCCUUCGCAAUCCCCAAUUGAGCAAAAAAUGGAGCAUUUGAACCUGAAAGAGGACGAAGAACUAUCAGAGAGAGAACAGCUUGAGUGUGAAUUGAUCAGAAGACUGAUCAUUUCAUACUUCAGCAUUGUCAGAGAGAUGAUCCAGGAUCAGGUUCCAAAGGCUAUCAUGUGUUUGCUGGUGAAUUUCUCCAAAGAAAGUGUCCAAAACACUUUGGUUCGGAAGCUUUAUAAAGAAGAUCUUUUCGAUGAUCUUCUUUUUGAAGACGAGAACUUGAGCCAAGAAAGAGAGAAAUGCGAGAAGCUUUUGGCAACCUACAGAGAGGCUGCUUCGAUCAUCAGCGAAGUUGUUUGA